GGUUCCGGUUCCGGUUGGCCGUGGCGGCGGGAUGGAUCGGGAGCUGCUGCGCCAGGCGUUGAGCUACCACGGCCCUGAGCUGCUUGAGCUGCUCCGCGCCGAGCAGCACGACAAUCCCGACUUCCGCGGGCUGCUGCCGCCGCCGGGGGCUGCCUUGGAGCCGCCCCGCGGGGCCCCGCGCCCGCCGGCCGACUGGAGAGAGGAGACGAGCCUUGACACCGAGAUAAAGCGCUUUAUUGCCAAAAAGGCUGAUCUCCUCUUUGCCCACUCGUGGAAGCCCAACGGGCCUCCCUCCGACACCAUCGAAGAGAAUGAAGAGUAUUAUGCUGUUAUGCCUCCCCUGGAGCGGUUCAUGGACGUUCCCAGGGAAGACAGGAGAGAAUUUUUUUUCCGAGACAUUGAACGCGGUGAUAUCGUCAUUGGCAGGAUUACUUCUAUUCGCGAAUUUGGCUUUUUCAUGGUGUUGAUUUGCCUGGGAAGUGGUAUCGUACGGGAGAUUUCAGAUUUAGAAAUCACUGCUCUUUGUCCUUUGAGAGAUGUGCCUCCUCAAAGCAACCAUGGAGAUCCUUUAUCUUAUUACCAAAAUGGAGACCUUAUUCGAGCUGCAGUCAAGGACGUUGAUCGUUACCAUGAGAAGCUCACGGUGUCACUUUACAGCUCAGCUCUUCCACCCAAUCUUUCCAGUACAAAACUAGGCGUAAUUACUUCUGAUGACUUCCCGUUACAUUAUAAGCGAAGCAUGGAAGUUGCUAAUACAGCGGAGACAUUUGAAGAGGUUUUGCAUCGUUCCCCAGGAUUCGCUAAUCCAUCGUUAGUUGAAUACUUAGCAGAAAAACUAGGACUAAGUGAAUCAAAUCCACCGUCUUUGAUGAGAAGUCUUCAAAUGAAAAAUUUUAAUGAAGAAGAUUUUGCUCCUGCGUUGAGGAAAAAGCAAUCAGCAUCUUGGGCCUUGACAUGUGUGAAGGCUGGGGUUGAUUAUUUCAAGGUUGGGCGCCAUGUGGAAGCCAUGAACGAGUAUAACAAGGCUUUGGAAAUUGAUCCACAAAAUGUUGAAGCUUUGGUAGCACGGGGAGCUUUGUAUGCGACAAAAGGAAGCCUGAACAAAGCCAUAGGGGAUUUUGAGAUUGCUUUAGAAAACUGUCCUACCCAUAGAAAUGCAAGAAAAUACCUCUGUCAGACACUGGUGGAAAGAGGCGGGCAGUUGGAAGAGGAGGACAAACUACUAAAUGCUGAGAAUUACUACAAAAAAGCCUUAAGUUUGGAUGAGACUUUUCAGGAAGCAGAAGAGGCCUUAACGAAGCUCCGUAAGCACAUGCAGAAAUCUUUGGAAAUGAGGGAGAAACAAGCUGCCAAAGAAGAGAGACAGAAAGAAAAGAAAGUAGAAACAAGUGCAGAAAAAUUGCGUAAGCUUUUAAAAGAAGAAAAAAGGUUGAAGAAGAAAAGGAAAGUAUCAACUUCCUCUUCCUCCUCCUCCUCCUCCUCCUCAUCAUCAUCAAGUGAUUCUUCAUCAGAUGUAUCAAUUUCUUCUUCCUCCUCUUCCUCUGAUCACAAGAAACGUAGGAAAAAGCGUCGGAAUAGAUCUGAGUCUGCCCGCAGGUCCAAAAAAAGCUCAUCUAGAGCUUCUUCCCAUUAUAAAGAUCAGGUUAGGAAAGAGGAGUGGUAUUCGCCUCCGGCUGAUACCUCUGCUUCCUUUCUUAACCAAAGUUUUGAAGUGGAGAAACUGCUGGAAAGGCAGGACAGCUUAGAGUGUCCAAAAACAGAGGUAAAAGAGAAAGACAGACACUGUUCUUUUUCGAGGACUUCAGGUGAUGAUGAAGACACUUUUGGAGGUAGGUCUGAAGAUUCAAGAGAUUCUCACAGUAGUUCCAGAACUCUGCCAAGCAGUAGCAAAACCGAAAAAUAUGGUAAAACUGAUAGAUUUUUCUGCAGUUGGAGGGGUUCUUCAGGUUCAUAUCAUAAGUCAGAUGAUAAACCCAGGAUGCAUUAUUUUAGGAAAUUAGAAAGGGAUGUAGAGGGGAGAAAAGAGCAGUUUAAAAAAUACGGCUUGGGUCAAGACAGGUAUUACAUGUCUCCAGCAAGGCCUGAGUAUUGUGGCAAGUCAGUGGGAAGGUACAGAUCGUAUUCGAGCACUUGCUUACGGGAAGGUGAUAAAAGUUACGAUAGUGAUAGGCAUGUGUCAAGUCAGCAUAAAACCGAGAGUGAGUAUAAGAGUAGGAAAAGAAGUUAUGAGGAGACUGAUAAAACAAAGGAACCGGAUGAGGAAGUGUCUUUAAAUGGUACAGCACAAACCGAAAGCGGCAUUAAAAGAAACCUGCCUCAGAACUUAGUUAACAUAUUUAAUCAGAUAGCUGAGUUUGAGAGGGAAAAAGGAAGUAAGCAGAAGAAACAGUAAAGUACCUAAGAAAGCUCUGUUCUGAUGAGUGCAGCUAAAUGAACUAUCCAAGUAUCUCUUGAGGAAAUGCAUACGAAGAGUGACAGAAAGGCAGAAUUUGUCCUGCUUGCAGAAUGUCGAAGAGUUCUUAAGGUAAAGAUUGUAUGGUGGGGAGCGAUGCGAGGCUAUCUUACGUAAAAUAUCAGUUCUUUAAAAUCUAAGUUUCCUGUGCUCUUAACUUGGGAUGUUCCUGUAUGAUAUUCUCUGUCUGAUGGGUUGAAAUCCUUUGAUACCCCCGGACUGCAGUUAGUUGUGGAACUCGCAUCAAAUACGCACUUUAACAACAGAUGGGUUCUGUUUGGUUUUUUCGUCCCCUGGGGUACUAUUGACUGCUGUUAUUUUUGUAUCAAAUUAAACUUCCAGCUAUAGAAAGGGGAUAACUGAAUGAAAGUCCUGUGCCAUCACUGUAUAUAGCCCACUUGCUCAUUAAAUUUUCUUAAUUUUUCU